ACACAAGGGCACAUAUUAAAGAAACACAUAAUAAAUAACUAAUAAAUAACUACUUACAGCUCCUACCGGCCCACGGAGUUGAAUUCGCUUGUUUGGCUAUAAAUUGUGAGGGACGUUAAAGUCAUCGAAGCAAGGAAAGCUGAGAGCUAAAACCACUUUGAGGAUCUUCAUUAGUAGUUAUGCCAAUGUUUAUUCUUCUUCUUUUUCUGUUUUUCUUAGUUCUUCUUCUCCAGAAGAUACAAAAGCGAAAGCAGCUGCUGCGUCCUCCUGGCCCUCGAAAACUUCCUAUUAUCGGAAACCUUCACCAAAUUGGAGCAAUUCCCCACCAGUCGUUUUUUGAAAUGUCAAAGAAACAUGGCCCUUUAAUGCUUGUUCAUCUUGGAUUUGUCCCAACACUCAUUGUAUCCUCUGCAGAAGCCGCAAAAGAACUCUUUAAAGCCCACGAUCUCGAUUGCUGCAGCCGACCUCCCUCGACGGGUGCCGGAAAGCUCUCCUAUAACUACCUCAACGUCGGCUUUGCUGCCUAUGGCGAUUACUGGAGGGAAAUGCGACGUCUGUACGUUAUCGAACUCCUCAGCAUUAAAAGGGUCCAAUCUUUUCGUUUCAUUAGAGAAGAAGAGGUGGAAUUCCUAAUGAAAUCAAUUUCGGAAUUCUCCAAAUUGGGGACACCGGUCAACCUCAGUGAGAAGCUGAUGUCUCUCACCACUGAUAUUACUUGUCGAGUUGCUUUUGGAAAGAGCUUCAGAGAAAGGGGAUACGACCAAUUCGGCGCGGAUUUCGAAGAGGUGAUUCAUGAAGCUUUUGCUAUGAUGGAAAGCUUUGCGGCCGCCGAUUUCUUCCCUUACUUCGGUUGGAUUGUGGACAGAAUCACCGGUUUCCAAAAAAGACUCGAACGGAAUUUUAAAAGACUGGAUGCUUUCUUCCAGAAAGUGCUAGACGAUCACCUCUGUUCCGGUCGCCAAAUUACAGAGGAAGAACACGAAGAUAUCAUCGACGUUCUGAUAAAAAUAGGGAAAUAUGAGACGACAUCCGGUACUGAAAGGAUCAUUCAUAAUCACAUCAAAGCUACUAUUAUGGUAAGCAAGCCACUUCGAACUUCCUCUGUUUUAACAAUGUUUCUUCUUUUAAAAAGCUAUUGUCAGCAAUUACUCUUUAGGAUUGAAUGACUUCACAAGCAAUUUUAAAUGGUUGAGGCCUAAUAAGAAGAGUAUUUAUUCUGAAAUUUUCAAACUAACCACCUUUGGAUCUGUCACUGAUCAGAACAUAUUUCUUGGCGGAUCCGAUACCUCUGCC